AUGUGAGUACCAUUUAUACCACGUACAAUAUAAAAGUAGUAUGCAUAUACGUUAAAACAUAAUAAUGCUGUAUCAUAGAAGUAAAAAUUUAGUUAAAUAUUAAAGUGCACAUAAUUUAAAGUGUUCAGAAAUUUACAUGGAACGAUAUAUCAAUUAAUAAGAGUCAACAAAAGUAGCUACAAGAAUACUUCCAGCCAUAUAUAUAAUUGACUGCAGUAUCUAUGGAAAAUGGUAGAUAUAAAAAAUAAUAUAAAUAAAUCAUACGAUUCUAAUCAUGAAUCAAGAACCAGAAUUAACAGUUCUGAUACUGUGCCAUCAACACCUUCUUCGUCAUCUGAUUAUAUGACAGGAGAAGCAGAUGAUAGUUCAGACAGUAAAGCUGCUAUACCUUUUAGUUUGAAAUCAGUGGAGACUGUACUUUCAUUAUCUAAGGCUACUUCUGAAGAAUAUCUUAAAGAUAUGAUAGAAAAAUGUAAGCAAAUGGUCUUAGAAAGUGCAGAAUGUUCUGAUGAACGAAAAUGGCUUGUUAGACGAUUAAUUGAAUUACGCUUAAGAGUACAAGAAUUAAGAGAGACAUCAGAAGAAAAUUUGCUUGAAACAGAAGUCAUCUUAGGACAUCAUUUAGUACCACAAAAAUAUUAUAUAACUACUUCUGGGCCUGUAUAUUGUGAUCAUUGUAGUGGAGCUAUUUGGACCAUGCUCCAAUCAUGGUAUAUGUGUAGUGAUUGCAAAUUUUGUUGCCAUUGGAAAUGUCUAAAUAAUAUAUGUAGAGUGUGUGUUCAUGUAAUUGCUAGUGAAGCAGGUGGUUAUACUUACACGAAAGAUAUUUGUCCUGAACAGGGUUUAUCAAGUCAGAAAUACAGAUGUGCUGAAUGCAAAGUUCGAAUAACAUUUACUUUCUCAAAAGGACUAUCUUUAUCUUGUUUUGGCAGUCCAUUUAAGAAUACAGAAUCAGCAUGGAUUGAACCCCGUCUUUGUGACUAUAGUGGAUUGUAUUAUUGCCAAAGAUGUCAUUGGAACACUGCAAUGGUAAUUCCUGCAAGAGUGAUUAGAAAUUGGGACAUGGAACCGAGAUUUGUUUCCCGUGCCGCUGCACAGCUUUUAACACUCUUAGAAGAACGUUCUGUUUUGUUACUUGAAGAAUUAAAUCCAAAAUUAUUUACUUUAGUUCCAGAUCUCUCUGUAGUGAAGAGGAUGCGGGAGGAAAUGCAGAUGAUGAAACGUUACUUAGUUUUGUGUCCAGAAGCUAAUAAACAAGGAUUACCAUGGAAAAUUGGAAUACGCACUCAUAUGAUAGAAAACUCAGGAAAUUAUUCGAUUAAAGAUCUCGUUGAUCUUAAUAAUGGAGUACUCCUAGAAGAAAUUCGUACUGUGUAUGAUACUAUGCACACUCACAUCACAGAACAAUGCGAAUUAUGCAAAGCGAGAGGUCAUUUGUGCGAACUGUGUGGUAAUGAUGAAAUUAUAUACCCAUGGAAUGCAAGUUCUAUCACUUGCCGUCAGUGCUCGGCUGUUCAUCAUCGUGCAUGUUGGUCGAAACAAAAUCACUGUUGUUCACGAUGCACAAGGCUUCAAAAGCGACGUGCUUUGCAAGAUAAACAAACUCUGGACACAGAUGAUAUUACAGAAAAUGGAUUGAAUGCGAAUGAAUCGCUAAGUGAUACAACAUAAACGCUAAAUAUAGUCGUGCUUAUUGUGAUUUGUGUAUAUAUAUAUAAUGUUUUGUGCAAUUCUUUUAUAAAAUAAAACUGAUUUUUAAAAA